AGCGUCCCACCACCGCUGCGCGACAGCGACACCCCCACCCUUCGUUGUUCUCCAGUCCGGACGAGUAGGCUCAAGGCAGGAAAUUUAUAGAGGAAUUCGGAAGAAGUCGUUCGCCUGUUCUUGAACGUUUCGCGUAAUUGCCUCCUAUCUUUUCGCAAGUCCGACCCUUUCACAGUCUUACGAACACGAUGUGGUGUGAUAACUGUCUCCUCCUUUUGCCACUCAGAGGGGGCGCAAUUGCGUGGGCUGUAGUCAUUGCUGCCUACAGUCUUGCCGGUGGUUUGUUCCUGCUCAUCGACGGCCAAUAUUUAUUCUUCGAGUUCCCUGAAUGGCAGAUUUACGGUGGUAUUGGAGUCGGUGUGUGCGCCCUAGCCGUCAUCAACAUCUUCGCCCUCUCCAAUCGAUCGUACAUCUGGACACGAGUCUGCAAGUUCCUCUGGCCGUUUGUCAUAGUGAUCUGCGCGGUUCGCGCGAUCCUGAUGAUCGUGGAACUGCAGCGCGGCAAGGACAAGAUCCAGUGGGAGUGCGCGAACGGGGGCCAAGUCUGGACUUCGAAUGCGGACUAUACUAGCAGCACAUCGUCCUUCCCUGCCGGGUUCUGUACAUCGGGAUUCAACAGUCUGAAUUGGGCGUUCAUUUUUAGUCUGGUCAUUGACCUUGCAUUCCAGAUGUACAUGUUCUUCCUCACAUGGCGAUUCGAGAAACGGCUGGAGCACUACUCCGGUCUCAAGGGUCCGUUCUACGGAGGAUACUACAACGCCUAACAUGCCCCCACAAUUGUCAACAGUGGACUUGUGCCUAUGCGCACGUAAUUGUGACGGGACCUAUUGCUGACUCUCCAUUCUUAUUUAUCUCGAAGACAUUGACAACUUUACUUUCAUUGCUUGGUUGUUGUUGCCCGUUGGCUAUCAUGUUACGACCCCUCACGACCUUACGAAAUCCACUUACGUCCAGUUCUGCGCUUGCUUUCCAGAUGACUGAUUUUCUGAUACUUAGUAGCUACUACAUUUCACAUGCUCCGCUCCAGAUGUUGGCGUGGAUCAGUCCCUGUAACUUUGGUUCGAGGCGCCCUGCAGGGGGCGCGGUACGGAGAAUAUUACCCCAUGUCCCC